AUGGCUCUUUGUCCCCCCCCUCCCUCAGAGCCGGUGUACAGGUCGUCGUGCGCCCUGACGGUCCACGCUAUCAGCCACUACAGCCCUGAUGUCCUGAAGGGGCAUGCGGUGGUAGCGUUGCCGCUAGCCUUCUUGGGUAUGCACCAGGCGCCGGGACCAGACGAGGAGAAGGGAGAGAGCCACGACGCCACGCUGUGGAACGAAGUCUGGCAGGAACACGUACCAGGAAGCUUUGGGGGCAUCCGCCUCUACAUGACGGAGCUGAUCGACAUUACCCAGAAGGCCUUGCAGUCCCAGUCGUGGAAGAUGAAGGCCCAGGGCGCGGCUGCCAUGGCGUCGAUCGCUAAGCAACAGACGGGUUCUCUGGUCGCCCCUCACCUGGGUAUGGUGUUGUCCGCUCUACUGCAGGGACUGGUUGGACGCACCUGGACUGGAAAGGAGGAGCUGUUGAACGCCAUCGGCUCUGUGGUGUCUAAGUGCAGUGGUGAACUCCAGAAGUCCUCCCCGGGCCAGCCCAGUGUACCAGAGGUGAUUGAUCUGGUGUUGAAGGAGUGUCGUAAAGACAACCUGGUCUACAAGAUGGCUGCCCUGGGCUGUGCUGCUGACGUCCUGCAGGCCACACAGGAAGACCGCUUCAGUGAUAUGGCAGACAUACUCAUACCACUCAUUAAGAAGAACUCUGCAGCAACUUCGAGGUUGAGACAUGAUAGUGAUGACGAUCGGGAUGAGAAGGAGAAGGAGCUGCAGACUGAAGCUCUACUCUGUGCCUUCCAGACGCUGGGCAAGACCUGGCCCAACAACACACAAACCCAGGAGCGUUUCCAGUUGGACCUGUGCUGUCUGAUGUGUGAGAGGUUGAAACUCAGUACAUGGAGGGUCCAGGUGGGGGUGCUACAGUCUAUGAAGACAUACUUCCAGAGGUUGCUACUGUUGGAGAAAGAGAAAGACAACCAGAACUUCACAGCCUUGUCCCUUAUUCUCACAGAGACAUGCAGCGCACUCACAUACCCACUAGAGAAUAAGAGUUACUCCUCUGUGAGGACCGAAGCGUUGUCUGUUGUGGAUCUGCUGGUGAAGAGGACAGGAGAGAGCGGUCAGUGGGAGUGUGUCUCGGGAAAGAGUCGCGAACAGCUGCAGCGUUCACUGUCCACCCUGCAGACAGACAGCAGACCUGACCUACGAGACAAGGCCCAGGAACUACGGAGGAACAUCCAGAGUCAACCCUGAACACACACACACCCACACCUAGUCAACCUUGAAUACACACCCCAGAUCUGAUGAUUAUUAUGUGUAUUGUGUCAAUGGGUGGACGGCUGGCUGGGUCAUUUAUAAUUGCCAUAUCAACUCACUAUGUAAACAAAACAGCACCCUAUUCCCUAUAUAGUGCACUACUGUUGACCAGGUCCCAUAGGAUUCUCUGCUCUGAAGUAGUGCACUACUGUUGACCAGGGAUCAUCAACUAAAUUCAGCCGCGGGACAAUUUAUAAUUUUUAUCUUGAUCAGAUAAGAUCACAAUGAUUAUAAUUGACUAAAAACAUCCAUUUUGGAUUUGUAAAGGGUCACAUGCAUCUCUUGGGAGGCUUUGGAAUAGAUUUCCCAAACUAAAAUCAGUUAGAGAUGGGUUUUCUUUACAAUAAACAAGUCCUGGGCAAUUUGGGAACCUGGAGGCGUUGGGGAUUUGUCCUGUGUAACAACGGCUCCCUUCUUUCUCUCCUACAGCAGCCAGUACAGUACGUCCCACAUGGUGCCCUGAUUCUCUAAACACUACUAGUCGCCAUUUGGGGAGGAUACUGCAACUUUAUUUAACACAUUGGCUGUCAACUCCUUGGUCCUGGAGAGCUACUGGGUGUUGUUCCAGCCAAUCAGCUCAUUCCACAGAGGGCUGAGUGUGUGUACCUUCUCCCUCGAUGAAUUUAAGGUCACUAAUUAGUAAGGACCUCCCCUCACCUCCAGGUCUUUAAUUGAAAGGGGAGAAACCUGUGGACAUUUAUUUUACCUUUAUUUAACUAGGCAAGUCAGUUAAGAACAAAUUCUUAUUUUCAAUGACUGCCUAACUGCCUGUUCAAUGACAGAUUUGUACCUUGUCAGCUCGGGGAUUUGAACUUGCAACCUUUCGGUUACAAGUCCAAUGCUCUAACCACUAGGCUACCCUGUCGUCCCAUUAUGGUCCUCCGUGGAAUGAGAUGAACACCCCUGAUCUACAGUGUGAGCAGGCUUUUGUUCCAGCCCAACACUUAUCACGGUUUGGACUGAAAUAGGUGUCGGAGCUCCACAAUUCUGGUGAACUCCUGCACUGGUCUUGAUGUUAACUAGAGUUGGUGACCAGUGAUGUUUCUCUGUCUGAACUCUCCCCCAGUUUGCAUGUGUAAAAAUAUAUUUUCAGCCAUGUUGAUUUAAAAACCCAACAAUGAACAGUGGGGGUCGGUUGGUGUGAGGCAUGUAAUUCUUGUGAAUUUGUCUCCAAAAUAAAUAAAUAAACAACCUUGAAA